GGGGGGAGGGGCAGCUCCCGAAGGGCGCAGUGUCGGCGCGCAACCGAGCCGCGCAUGCCCUUCCAGAUUGCUACCUCUCCCAUUUACAUUGCCUGCCUCUCUGCGGGGGAAAGGCACCGCCCUAAGGGGUCAGGGUCUGCGCGCAGCCUAUGGCGCGCAUGUUCCUCCAACGGUCGAUACCGCCCACUUCCGGUGCCAGCCAUCUUUACUUCUAACAGUGUUCACCCAUCUAAGGCAGAGGAAGCUUUCCGCCUGCGCCGGCUCGUCGGUGCUUCCCACCCAUCCGCCGUCAAAGCCUUCUCCCCGUGACGCUGGCCUCCCUCUCCAAAACCCUGCACCGCCUGCAGGCGUCUUCCGACAGCGACUGCCCGCACCCUCCUCCCGCCGGCUCCAGGUGCCCCCCUCGCCAGGGAGCGGGCUCCGUCUUCCUCGCAGCGGCAGCUCACGGUCUCCACAGGGAACAACUUCAUCUUAAAGUCAACUCAUGAAAGUUCUACUUGGUCCAUGUCUGCAUACACCUGCUCUCUACCUCAAGGGUCACAUGAGGCAGGCUUACAUAUUUCUACACCAUGGACCACUGAACAAAGUUUGUGCCUCAGAAAUGAAAGCCAUUACGAUGACCUCUCAAGAGUCUUACGUGCGGACAUCAGCUGUGCUGAGAUUAGUUCAAAGAAGCUGAAUCUUGCACAAGAUGAACAGGAUGCUUACGCUAUUAACUCGUACACCAGAAGUAAAGCAGCAUGGGAAGCUGGAAAAUUUGGAAAUGAAGCUAUUCCUGUCACAGUGACAGUAAAAGGUAAACUGGAUAUAGUGGUGAAAGAAGAUGAAGAAUAUAAACGUGUUGAUUUUAGCAGAGUUCCAAAGCUGAAGACAGUUUUCCAAAAAGAAAAUGUUCAGUAUUAAGAAAUGAAGUGUAAGAAAUGGAGUCAGUAUAGAGUAUCUAGGCUUAGAAUUGCCUAAGGGUUUUAAAAAAGUAAUUCUAGAGAACAUCUAGAUGUUAUUUAACAUUUUCAAUAUAUCACUCAGUGAAAUUAACAAAUAUUUGUCCAUAGUAUAUUUCAAAGUGCUUAACAGUGAAUACCUCCAAUAUACAAAGCCUAGGGAAGAGAUUGUAGAAUGAUUAUGUGCAGUUUAUCUGGAAAGUUUAUUGUGAUAGGCAAAUCAAAUUUACAUGUUUUGUUAAAUAUCUGUAAGCUUCUUGAGGACUAAUACAAUAUCUGGGUUCACUGUAGUAUUUCUAGUGCCUGGCACAUAGCAGUUCCUCAAUAAAUAGUUAUUGAAUGUUAGCAUGACUGGGAUCACAGAGUUCUAAAUUAAUGGUAUUGAAAUCCUUUAAGAAAAAAAGGUCAGUUCUGCUUUUAAAAUUGGCUGUAUACAGUUGCAGUAACAAUCUGAAAUUACUCUUCCCCUGCUUUCUUGAUUGAAUUUCUCAAUACCAACUAUAGGAAUGGAUGAGUUUUUAUUUUUAAGCAUCAUAUAAAAAUUUGUAUUGCAAGAGUAUACUUUUAUAAUUUUAGCAGCUGUCUUCACUGAUAUUUUUAAAGAACUUGACACAAUUCACAUGCCAUCUGUUUAAACUGUACAGUUUAAUGAUUUUUUAGUAUUCAGUGAAAUUUAAUUUGACAUACUUUACAUACCAUAAAAUUGUUUAAAAUGUUCAGUGAUUUUUAGUAUUCAUUACAAUUUAAUUUCAAGUGAUUACAGAGAAAAUUUUGACAUUGAUUUGAAAAAAAUAUAUAAUCAAUCUCUGCUUUUUUAUGGAUAAGCAAAGAGUUAGACCCUAGGGAAAAAAAUAAGAACUGGCCCUUAUCUUUGAAGACCUAGUACCAUCCUGCAUGGGCUCCUGAGCUGGUUUUGAAUGAACUGUUACUAAAAACCAACACAAAAUGUGUUCUUGUAUUAGUUGUUCUAUAGUUAGCUGUGUAUGUUUCCUGAAGGCAGGAAUUACCUACAUCCAUAUUUGUAAUUUAUGUAUCUGGCAACCCAGGCAAUAUAUGUUAAGAAUUUGUUCAUUUGAACCAAAUGAGUUCAGUGA